GCUGCUUCAUGUAUUUCGCAUCGAGAAAUUCGAGAAUAAGAUUGAAGAUGGUCAUCUCUGUUUAUCUGGCAACUGCGCACAUGCAUCUUCGCUUUUCUGAUUGCGCCAGCGCAGAAUAUUUUCUUCCAUGAAAAAAGCAAUUUGACCGGAAAAUACUUUAGAUAAUUUGUCUAUUUUUGCGAAUCUUGCAACGAUUUGUGGUCUAUUCAAGUGUCCAGUCAGAUUCAAGCAGUGAAUUAGAAAUUGAUACAGAAUAAUACUCUCGUAGAAAAUUAGGUGCCACGGACGAGUGAAUAUUCAAACAAAAAAAUGAAAAGUAAUUUUCUGUGUGUGUCUCAUGCUGCAUUUUCACUGUCACUAUUACGUCGACAUGUGCACACCGUGCGUUUUAUCGAUCAAAAAGCUCAUUGAGAUAACGAAUUAGUUUUGAGGUUAGGAAGUGUUUGUUCAUCGCUUUCCAUGAGUUCCAUACCAUCAGUCUCACGCGAAGUGCAUCGGCGGCGGGCAUUAUUGGAGGAAUUCCAAAAUGUAGGCUGAAAGAGGUGCAAAACUACUCGUCAACCUUGAGCGGAACCGCCGUAGGGAGAAAAGGGAAAAAAAAUAAAAUAAAGACCGUGCACUGUCGAGAAAAGUGAGAGGAGAAAAAGAAAUGGAUCUAAGUUUCGACUAUCGACGUUACUGAGUGUCUCCGUUGCAAUAUUUUCUUGAUCCUAAGUAUUGUCGUCCAAAGAUGGAGGAAAUUAGAGAAAAGAAAUUUCUGUGCCGGAGACGCUGCACUAUUGCACAAUCGCUAAAAGCAAAAGAUGAACGGACGGCUACCGUCAAAAAGGUGCGACAAGUUACAGCGAUAUUACAAAAAUCAGAGAUCAAUAGGACUCCCGAAGAAUGUGAAUUACUUGACUCCUGCCGUGAUAUUGUUAAAGAAAUUACCCGAAGGCAAGAGAAAAGGAACAGAGUGAAAGCUAGACUGGAAGAAGUUGAAGACCAGCCAGAUAUAUUGGAAGAAAAAUGCAUAAGACUUGCUGCAGCUAUCAGUCGAGCAACAUCAUUGGCUGUAUACACAGGUGCUGGUAUCAGUACAGCUGCUUCGAUACCAGAUUAUCGAGGAACAAAUGGAGUUUGGACCAGGUUACAACAAGGCAAAGAUAUAGGAAAUCAUGAUCUGAGUCAAGCAGAGCCAACGCUGACUCACAUGGCCUUAUAUGCACUUUACAAAGCGAGAAUCCUAAAGCACAUAGUGUCUCAAAACUGCGAUGGUUUACAUUUGAGGAGCGGGAUUCCUCGUAGUUUACUUUCAGAAGUUCACGGCAAUAUGUACGUCGAGGUUUGUCGUAAUUGCAAGCCAUCACGAGAAUACUGGAGGCUAUUCGACGUGACGGAAAAAACAGCGAGGUAUGCUCACGCAACUGGGCGUACUUGUCACAAGUGUCAUUCUUCUCUGCAAGACUCGAUUGUUCACUUUGGCGAGAGAGGUAAUUUGCUUUGGCCGAUCAAUUGGAACGGAGCAAGCAGAGCGGCUAAACAAGCGGAUGUGAUACUUUGUCUUGGAUCGAGUCUCAAGGUCCUCAAAAAAUAUCCUUGGCUUUGGCAAAUGGACAAACCGGUGUCUAAAAGACCGCAACUGUAUAUUGUGAAUCUUCAAUGGACACCAAAGGACGAUAGCGCGGUGCUUAAAAUAAAUGGCAAAUGCGACGAGGUGAUGAAAAUAGUUAUGUCUCAUUUGGGAAUUGAUAUACCAAACUAUAAUAGAGCGAAAGAUCCAAUUUUUUAUCACGCUAUCAAAUUGGCGACCAGUGAAAUGUCGACAACUUCAAAUCCUAGCCUCGAAGCGCCGACAACGCUCAAGGAUGAUGAAACGGAAGGAGAUGUGAAAAAGGAAAAUAUUGUAGACAAAAUGGAAAAUUAUGACGGUAGCAAUGAUAUUGAAGUAAUAAAAGAAAUGCCAAAAAAUAACGGCGGUAAUAAUCUACCCGUAGAUUUGAUGGAUAACAAUGAGAUGGUUAACGAAGAAGCAUCUGAAAAAGUUGAACAAGAGUAUGAAGCGCAAAUAACAAUUCAAGAGCCAAUAACAGCGUAUCCAGCUCCUUUCUUUACUGCUUUGCCAUUCAUCUCAAUGGGUUUGCCUUUUCCUCCUAUAUAUAUGUACCCUCUCACGCCAAUAUUUUAUUAUCCUUUCAUUCAAAUGCCCUCAAAUGCCAUCGCCAAGGAAGACUGCCCGCCUAAACCAAAGCCCGCUUGUACAUUCUGCAUGGAGUACGAAGGUUCUCUCACCUGUUUGUAUUAUCAGCAUAAUUGUGACGUAGAUGACAAUACGGAUAUGACGGAUUCGUUUCCCAACUCGGAGCCGUCAGAUGAUAACGAACUACAGAACGGUAAUGAUAGCGAAAUACAAGAUGGUAACGAUAAGGAAAUGGUCACCGAUGAGAAUGUGCCUACCAUUGUUGCCGCUAAAAAUCCUGGAUGGUUUGGUAAAGGAUAUCGCAAGGGUAUCAAGCGAAAGCGGUAGCAUUUGAUAAUUUAUAAUUUACUUUGUUGGUUCCUUUAUACCCUUAGCGUAGUUAUUCUCUUGAAGUUUGCAAUGUCGUUACUUACGAAUCGCAUCAGGGUCAACUUAGAAUACGUUCAAGACUUCUAGAUUGUACCUAUAAUCAUUUUAAGAUGCAGAAUCUUCUAAUUUAGAUUAGAAGUGUAACCGAAACUGAAAUUAGAGUGUGUAUUCGUAUGUUGUUUCGUUAAGGCUAGUGUGCGGUACAAUCGUCUUAAAAGUAAUUCAUCUUUCAUAAUAAAUUCUUUUUUUGCUAGAUAGACUCAAUUCAAUCUAUUCAAGAAAAUAAAAAAUUGAUUUUAUUGUUUUGAAAUAGACAGAAGUAAAUUAAACAGAAAUGAGAAUGAUAUUUUUGAAGAAUAUAUAAGCAACCUAAAUACUCUAUUCUAAGUAUUGGAAUGUAGAUAAGGAACAUAAAAUAUCAAUGAUUCAAUGUUAAUGGUUUAGCCAUUAAAACAUGACAAAAGGCGAGAACCUCAGUAUUAGUACGAAUUUAAUCAAAAUAUUGCAUCACAGCAAUUUAUUAAUCAGCUUUCUGCUUAGUAAAUUAAUUUAUUUCAACGUGAGAUCUUUACGUCUCAAUAUGAAUAAUAUCCGGCGUUAUAUAUUCGCCAAGGCUUAACAAGAAACUUAUAGCAAUAUUUCAACUGUGAAAUUAAACUUGUAGCCAAUCCUACUGAAGAUAAACCACAACUUUUCUGUUUUAUCUAUUUUGUUUCUCUUUGAUUUAUUCUCAAUUUCACUAAAAGGUUUUGGGCAAAUAAUUCAGUUUGGAAUAUUAAAUUAAAUGAUUUAAACCGAGGAAAAAUUGGACAAACUGAUAUAGAAUUUUUUUUUUUUAUAAUUAAUGUAUAUUUUUGGACACUUUUUAAAUGAUAGAGGUAAUAUAAUUUAUAUUUUCAAAAAAAUUUUCUAAGUCAUAUUGUAAAACCUAGAGGUAGAAAUUGUUUUGCUAGAAUUUUUUUCAAAGUAGAGGCUAUCUCGUAAUAUAUUUGUAAAUUAACGAAGCAUUAUUAGAAGAUAAAAAAGAAAACAGUGCUCCCGAGUAGAAUUACGCAGCUACGCGUUUCACUGGAUCGAGUGAACUAAUAAAAGCAUAAUAACUGAUUAAUCAUUGGGUUGUAAUAUUCCAUAAAAUGUGUGACAUUUGGAAAAUUAUUUUUUGUUUUGUAAUAUAAAAUAUCAAUGUUUUUUGUAUAGCUGAUUUGGACUAAAAAUUCUUUUCAUAACGAUUACUUAAAACAUCCAUUUUCAUAAGUUUAUACAUCUGAAGUAAGUGUGAACUUGUAAGCAACAUUUUUUAUUAUGUGUGCGAAUUAAAUAUUUUAUAAUCAGAAUUUGUAAAUAUGCAAAUUUCUUUCUUUUGUAUUCUUCCUUAAGGUAACAAUCAAUCAUAAUGUCUUGCAUAUUUUGU